UCCAGACAGAGGGUCCUCCCCAGCCCGUUCCUCUGGGCUGGCAGGAGGGUUUGGAUGUUUUCCUGUUACUUGAGGCCAAGAGAUAAGAAGGAAAGUAUCGGGCUCCUGGUUCUUGCUGACUGUGAAAGUCAGAUGGGGCCUGUUUGCCAUCAGCAGCCACUCAUUCAAGAGGUCAGUCACCCCGGAGUGACAAAGGAGGCUCCAGGCCUGGGCGUGUGCUAAAUGCAGAGCUCCCAAAUGGGCCCGGCUGCCAGAGGCUCUGCCGCACUGCCCCCCAGGUGACAGCUGUGCGGGAAGCUUAGGUGCAAAGACCAGCCAGUGUACCCUGAAAGGAGGAGGAAGAGAGAAAUCAGUGCUGCUCCCGCCAGCAGACCAGACGAGUCCUUGGAACCCGGGACCCAGGGAGUCUUCAGGCUUUGGUCAAGUGUCAUAACCUUAGUAGACCAGGAGAGCAGCUGGGAGCGAAGGGGUCUGAGAAUUUCCCUGUCAGAAACAUAUCCCAACCAGAAGCAAGGGCAUGAGCUACAGCGAGGGGCUAACUGGAGCCCCACCCAUCACCGAGGUGCCUCUGGAGCUGCUGGAAGAAGUGCUUUGGCUUUUCCGAGUAGAGGAUGCAAUUCCUUGGAAUAUUUCCAUGUUCGUCCUGGCGGCCUUGGUGAUCAUAAUAAGCUUCAUCCUCUUGGGAAGGAACAUCCAGGCAAACAGAAAUCAAAAGAAGCUGCCACCGGAAAAACAAACUCCAGAAGUCCUGUACUUGGCUGAGGGCGGAAACAAAGAUGAGAACAACCUGACCAUCCUAACAGAGACUCUGCUCUCUGAAAAGCCAACUUUGGCCCAGGGAGAAAUGGAGGCAAAAUACAGGGAUGUGCCGCUGGUCCAUCUUCCAGACCCACAAGAAUCUGAAAACUAGUCAGGGUGCAGGGCAGUGCCCCCGGAGUGUUAGCAGACAGAGUGAGCAAACUGCAAUCAAACUAAAACCCUGUUUUGAAAAAAACGAACAAAAUCUUUUUAUUAAAAUGCUUCUGGAUGUGG